CUGCUUCCUUUCAUUUCACAGCGGCAUCCCAUAGGGGUAGAGAAAGGCUGUCAAUCGUACGAUUUGCCGUGAAGAUGACCAAUAUUGACCUACCCUCCCGGAUCAAGGAGGCGAUCAAGGAACAGCAUGGAAAGGUUAAUCGACUUAACACCGCCCGCAUCCCUCUCUGUCUCCCACCUGAAGCCAAAACCCCUCUAUUAUAUGCACUGGGACUGUCGCGCUACGCAGAGAUCUACCUGGGCUUGGAGAAGACUUGGCUGGCCGAGAUUGGAGACCCCAUCGAAUGGAUAGAAAGUACCAGCGACAAUCUGGACUCCUUCGAAAGUAGCAAAGAGAGGAUACAGACUGUAUUGCGCUUGAUAUAUCUUCCCGAACUCCUACGCACCAAGCGUUUCGAGGCCGAUUUUCUGGCCCUCCAGUCUCUGGACCCAGAUAUUGCCGUCCUAAAUACAGGGGAAGAAAAUGCCGGACGCAAGUUCCGACAAUAUAUUGAAGAGGAUCUUCCAAUGAAGCCACAUCUCCUUGUGGCAUACAUAUGGGUUAUGUAUCAAGCAUUGUUUAAUGGGGGGCUUUUUAUUCGAAUGCAGCUACUGAAGGCUGGUCCUGAAUUCUGGGGUAUGUCUGCAAAAACAAUGAAUCCUGCUGCGUUUCCAGCACCCCUUUCGUUUUGGCAUGUGGACGCGGAGGAAUCUACCAAGACAAGCUUCAGAUCCCGUAUGAACAUGGCGGACAAACUCUUGACCGAGGCUGAGCGUGAAGAGAUUAUGCAAGAGGCAGUAGAGAUACUCUGUCGCUGCGAACUCAUUACAUUGCAACUCGAUGCGGAUAUCCGUGCAAGAAUGAUGGCAUAA